GCGGGGUGGGGCGCGCGAGUUGAAGUGCCGGCGAGGCGGUCGGCUCCAAGAAGAAAGGCACAAGCCAGACUGACCCUGCUAAAGCUUCACAAUGAGAAGCAGGCAAGUUUCUCAGUCAAGCCUAGGAGUGAGAGGAUUUGUAGACUCCAUCUUGAUGGGGGUUCAUCAGUCAUGGCACUAAGGGCCUUGAAAUUUGCCUCAUUGACAGCAGCUGCUUCUGGCAUCUAUCUGUAUGGAAACAAGUUUCUGGAUCCUAAUGAUUUUGGAGUUGUUCGUGUGGGCCGAGCCAUAGCCACAACUGCAGUUAUCUCCUAUGACUACCUCACCUCUCUUCGGAGUGUCCCCUACGGAUCAGAGGAGUAUGAAUUCCUCAAAUCACAGGUGCACCUGCGCUCUGCUGAGCGCCUCCGGGAGCUGUGCUGCUCCAACCGAGGCACCUUCAUCAAGGUGGGGCAGCACCUGGGAGCGCUGGACUACCUCCUGCCCGAGGAGUACACCCGCACCCUCAAGGUGCUGCAUAGCCAGGCCCCGCAGAGCACCAGGCAGGAGAUUGAGCAAGUUAUCCGUGAGGAUCUGGGCAAAGAGAUAAAAGAGCUCUUUAUGAGUUUUGAGGACACUCCCUUGGGAGCAGCAUCACUAGCCCAGGUACACAAAGCAGUGCUGCAGGAUGGGAGAACGGUGGCAGUGAAAAUCCAGCACCCCAAGGUCCAAGCUCAGAGCUCCAAGGAUAUUUUGCUCAUGGAGGUUCUUCUCUUGGUUGUGAAGCAGAUUUUUCCAGAUUUUGAGUUCAUGUGGCUGGUGGAAGAAGCGAAGAAGAAUCUGCCCUUGGAGCUGGAUUUCCUCCAUGAAGGCAGAAAUGCUGAAAAGGUUGCUCAUAUGCUCAAAAACUUUGACUUCCUGAAGGUCCCCAGGAUCUACUGGGAGCUCUCCACAAGGCGUGUCCUUCUCAUGGAGUUUAUGGAAGGGGGACAAGUGAAUGACAGGGCCUAUAUGGAGAGGAAUGGCAUCAAUGUCAAUGAGAUUUCUCGCAACUUGGGGAAACUCUACAGUGAAAUGAUCUUUGUGAAUGGAUUUGUGCACUGUGACCCACACCCAGGCAAUGUGUUAGUGAAGAAGUGCCCAGCUUCUGGCAAAGCUCACAUUAUCCUCCUGGAUCAUGGGCUCUACCAGGUGCUGAGCGAAUCAUUCCGCAUGGACUACUGCCGCCUUUGGCAGGCCCUCAUCAAGGCUGAUAUGAAGAGGGUGCAGAAGUACAGCCGGCGGCUUGGGGCAGGGGAUUUGUAUCCUCUCUUUGCCUGCAUGCUGACUGCCAGAUCUUGGGAGUCCGUCAACAAGGGCAUUGACCAGUCACCAGUCUCUGCCAGCGAGGACAUGGAGAUCCGGUCCAACGCUGCUGCUUACUUGCCCCAGAUCACCCAGCUCCUCAACAGUGUUCCCCGCCAGAUGCUGCUCCUGCUGAAAACCAACGACUUGUUAAGGGGGAUUGAGUCAGCCCUGCACACACGGGCCAGUGCCAGCUCCUUCCUCAACAUGUCUCGUUGCUGCAUCAGAGCUGUUGCCACGUACCAAAGGAGCAAGAGUCACUCACUUUACAGGAGGGCCCAGAUCUCACUCACAGAAGCCCUAAGCCUGUGGCAGAUCAACUUGUAUGAACUCUUUCUGUGGCUGAAGGGGUCCCAGCUGGGGAACUGGGUCAUUGCUCUCCUGAGACGGAUGCAACAUUUCACAUACUGACAUGAACUGGUGGGAGAGGCCUGGGUGCUCCCUCCCUCCCUUCUGCUCUCCACGGCACAUUUGUCUUUCUGACUAUUUCUGUCUAUUUUUGGGUCUUACUCCACAUUACACACUGCACUGUCCUUUUCUUUUACAGCAUUAAUUUCCUCUGUGGCACAGAGAGGUUGAGUUGGUACAAGAGCCCUAUUAUUGUGUGGUUUAGGAAAAGUAGGUGUGUGAUACCUUGUGCCAGGAAAGACAGGAAAGGAUACUGUCUUUCCUCAUUUGUGCAGGUUAAGUUCCACUCAGAUUCUAGUGGGAUUGUGCUGGAAGGAAAUGUCUCUUCGACUCUUUCUUAAACAAUCUUAAAGAAUUUAAGAGAAUCCCAGCCCUACCUAGAAUGCCCCAAAACAUUUCUCAGACCCUCAGAGGUGGUAAGUCCCUUUAAAAUGCAUUAUGUUUAUAUUAGUUUGUGCAAUCUCCUUAGUCUGAUUUCUGUUUAGGUGUGCAGAAGGUUUCUCAGAGGAGUGAGACCUUGUGGAAAGCUGUCACUAGGGUUUUCUCUUCCAGCACCAGGGAAAGAGGACUCAAAUGGUGAGAGUGGUGGACUUGGGAGUCCAAGUUUCUAAGGUUCAUCUCCAGUCCUGCCAGCAAGUGCCUCUGUUUUUGGACUUCUCCUGGCUUGUUUCUUUGCUGGUAAAAUAGGAGAAGGGGACAGUGAUCUUGCCCCUCUUCUGAAAUUCCAGGAAGGCAGUAGGAAUGGUAGCUCAGGGUUCUGAAACUGCUGGUAAUGAAUGUGUACUGUACAAUACUUCCACACAACAAAUAAAUGUGUUGUAUCGAAGACCUUUGGGGGAGGGAUGCUUGGCUGUGCACUAGAUUUAUGUUUGGGCCUCUAACCUAAGUCCUGUUUCCAUUUCUCCACAAGGGAGUGAUGCCAGGCAGUGCUGGCAACUCCUUGUUAGCAAAAUGUCCACUUGGUCUUUUCUUUGUCCAAGAGGUUUGUACCACAUCUGAGUCCUCUGGUACUGCAUCAGAUGUGUGUUGAGAUGGAAUGGAGGAGCAGGCAUCUUUCUGCUGGGAGGACACCUCACACCCUUCUUCUCAGAUCCACGCUGAGCCUGCCUGCUCUCUGCCUGUGGGAGUGCACUGCAGCACAUCUGUGAGAUGUCACCAUCCCCAUGCCACAGUGAUCAUUUCACCUUGUCACUGCCUGUGACAUUUUACUGCUCUGGCCUCAGACAAAAACCUGCCAUUUGCUCGGUGGUGCAAGUGACAGGUCUGAUGGCUUUGAUUCUGCAGUUGUGGGACAGCUACAGAAAGCCUCACCUAGAGGUCUGCUUUAUGUGAGAUGUAUUUGAGAUACUGGGAUAUAGCUCUGCUGCUUGUAAGAAUUCCUUUAGCCAGGAAGGGUGGAUGGAGGUGACUAGUUACAUCAUCAUCUCAGCUUUUCUCAUAAACUAUCUUGGUGAAAGGGAAUGUGAAGGACAGAGUAGGAAUGUCCAUGUACUUUCAGAAACUUUGCUAAGCUGUGGGUUACUCAGGCACCAAACUGUGCCUGAGAGCAAGCCACAAGAAGGCCAUUCACUCUCCCAGUUUCCAUACAAUUUUCCAACUCGCACAGGUGUGUGACCCCACCUUGAAGUGAGUUUAUUUGCUUGGGAAGGGAAGCAGGGGACAGAGUGCAGGUAAGUGUGUUUGUGUGUGUCCCUGGCAAAUCAAUCAUCUUGCUGGCUGUGCAGGAAAGGUGAGGAAUGUAACCCAGAAAAGGUACCUGGCUGCUGGUGGGCUUGGGCUUGUGGGUUAGGGACUGCAGAAGUGCAGACAGUGGCUGUGUACAUGCACAAGCACCUAGGCAGAACUGGCUGGCUCGGGACUGCCAAGAAGCGGUGGCAAGAAGCGGUGGGUGAUUGGCAGGGUUCUGGACACAGUACUACUGAAUGUGGGUUUUAGGUCUCUUUGGGUAGUCAAUCACCUGAUCCUGACAUUAGCUCUCUGAGCCCUUCCUACUUUUGGGGGCAGCAGCAGGAUUGAUGUUCUCUCUGAUCUUUGCUAAGAGCAAAAGAGAAAUCCUGGUAAGGCUGAAUGUCCUUGCAAAGCUUGUCUCCAACCCCUGCAAUGACAGGUUAGAGAUUCCCUUGACUUCUGGGUCAUAUGAGGGCAUCAGGGAAUGGAAUGGUGGUAAUUGCAGGAUGAGACUUCUAAGCUGACAGAGAGUCACUGGGGCCCUGGAAUACUGGUGCUGCAGCCUGUAUAUGACUAAUCUUUGCUCAUGUGAGCAGUCUGGCUGAAUCAGUGCCUUGCUUAGGCACUUAUAGCUGGUAGGCUGGCCAGCAUGGGUGGACCUGACUUAUUCUCAUCACAAGUAGAGUGCCUCUCAGUAAGCUGGCCUGGUAUGCCUUGUUGGAGUCCCAGAGGCUUUCUAGUAAUGGUCACCAACUGCACAUCCUCACCUUGUAGCUUCCUCUGCAAAUGCCUUUGCCUGUUCAUGGCUGGAUAUACUGACCAGAGCACUGUUUUGGUUUCUCAUCUGUGAAUGGAAGCUCAUCCUCAUUUCUAGAGGAUCCCAUGUUGUGGAGAGGCUCCCUGUAGCUGUUAUUUACAUUGGCUGUCAAGCUCACAGUGAGCUCUCAGCUAUGCAUGUUCUUUCACUCCUUCAAAAUCCCACCACGACUGCUAGUUCUGCUACCUGAGGAGGGUCCUGACUCUAAAAGUGGUAGGGAACCAGCAGCCCCUCAGACUGGUUUCUGGCAGUGUGCAGCAGGCAGAGAACAGGGAAUAUUUGGCAGAGCUAUGUCUGUUGUGAUUAGUCUCUGCUGGGAAGCUCUGUGUAACAAUGUUAGCAGAGGGACUCCUCCAUCAGUUGUGCUCAGCUCUCACCCUUCCCACAGUCAAUCAAUGAAGGUUCGUCUUAAGAAAGAACAAGCAAACACAUGGUGGUUGACCCUGUAACAUUCCUGCCUUGUCUUUUUGCUGAAAGCUCUGAGAGGUGAACUUGUUAACAGGAUUUUGAAAAGACACUUUCUCAUCCCACUUUGCAGUUGUCAAACAUGGGUAACCUGGACCAGAUCUAUGCACGUGGCCCCUCCUUCCAGCCUGCAUUUAAUGGUGUUUUCAGCACCAGCACAUGGGCUGCUGUCUGCCCAGCUUCAGCUGUGAGUGAACUGAAGUUUGGUGCAGACACUAAAUGUUGGCCUUGCAGCCCACCAACUCUUUCUCAGGACUAACAUGGGGGUUGGAGCUGUGACCAGAGGUACAAAACUGAUGAGCAUCUUUCAGCUCCUGUAAUAUGAAGUACUUUGUUGUAGCCUUAUGGCUUCACCAAUCCUAAUGUUGUUUACUGCUCUCAGAUGUGUUGGGAAACCAGUGGACAUUUCAUCUGGCAUUUAUAUGUGCCAUCAUUACAUCUGCUGGAUGUGGAAAAUGGGGCAGUCAGGGAAAAUGAAGUUGCUGUGCAAAACUUCCAAGAAUCUCGGGUAUGAAGUGAACAUGCUUUUGUACAUCCAGCUGAAGAAAAGCCAGAGAGAGCAUUACUCCAAACUGAGCAGCAUAGCCUUUGCCUGGCCCAUCUAGUGAAUGCUAAUGAUGACAGAUGGGUGGCAUUUAGAUUUGCAGAUCAAGGCUGCAUGGUGCUGUCUGCCAUCUUGCAGGGGUGUACAAACCUCAUGCAGUUGCAGUGUAGAAGCUUCAGAAUGAAUCACAUGCUGCUUCCCACAUAUAUGCCUCAUAUAAUAUCUAUCUCCAGCAUAUGAUGGCUGGAGGCUCUGAAAGCAGAUUAGAGCCAAUCUCCUUCAGGAGUACUAAUGAGUAAACAAGGGCUGAUUCCCACAAGUCAGAGUUUGAAAAGUUAGAAAUGAACUUUACCAGGAGGGUGGUGCAAAGCAAGAAUUACCUCACCCAGAAAGGGUCUCCAUCCUGGCUGGCCAGCAGAGUGGCUCAGCUGGUCUGCUGGCUGGAGUCUCCCUCAGAGCAGGAGAGGAGUCAGAUGCCCAGUGGGCCCUCCCAGCCAGCCUGUUGGUGAAGCCAUACAGCCAUGGCAUGGAACAGGCAGGGAGCUGGCUCACAUGGCUAUUGAGUCAGUGCUGUGGGAUGAGCUUGGAUCUGGGUUUCAGCUUUCUCAGCUCUCCUUCUGUGUCACUGCCUGUGCUCAGACAUGAGAUAACAUCCCUGAUGAGGUCUUGUCUUUGCUUUGAAGUCCAGGCUUACCAACUGGUUUUCUUUGCUUCAGUUGUGGAGCUGUGUGUGAGCCUGCCUGUGCUGGCAAAUGCCAGCUUGCAUAGCUUGCCUUGCAGUUUUUAUGAGCCAGCUGCCUCUUGUGUCCUUCUUUCUUGGGCAAAACCUGCAUGUCCAGUGCCUUCUGGAAAGCAGUGGGUGCCUUCCCAGGACCCUGUUGUGGCUAAUGCAGGCUUUAAAUGGGUUUUAAACCCCGAGGGAGUAAAUUAUAUGCACAUCCAGCUGAAGGCUUCCUGAGUGGGAAGGAUGCUCAGUGAUCUCUGUGUGAUGGUAAUCAGGUCCCAUUAAGACAGUUUGGAAUUUCCCUGACAGGGUAUUUGAAGCUACACCUAUUGGGGUAGUGACCAGCACCUCUGUCUCCUGCAGGGAACAUGGUUGUGUGUCCAUCCAACAGUGUCUGAGGGAGACCUGGGCAGGACGUUGACCAUACUCUUACCCACACACCUUCUGCUGACCCUGUGCAGCUCAUGGUGACCUUGUUAAAUGCUAACAACCUUUUUGGGCUGACUUGUGUGACGCAGAGAGCAUCAUUCUGUGCCAUCUGCCAUGUCACUCCAGAUCAGCCACGAUGUGAGAACUCAGGAUGCUCUAUGCGCAGCUUCCCUUUUGAGCUGCUUCUGUAAUCAGGUACUUGUGACUUUUGGUGGUUUGGUAAAGACUGUUCACUGAGACUACAUGAAUAAUGGAGUAGGGAGGAGCCAUGGCAUUUUACUAUUUUUUUUUUGUUUUACUUUCUUUUUAUUUCCAUUUGAUUCAGAGUCUUAUUUGCUGAGGCUACUUUUCCAUACUCUGAUACAUAUAAGCAUAAAAACACUCAUUAAGUCUCUUCCUGUAACUCUUCCUAAAGCUCUGCUAAGAAGGUUACAGGACUUGGGCCUGACCUAGCAGGACAAGUCUGCAUGUAAAAUGCACAUUAGCUGGUGGUGGUUUUCAGGCUUGCAGCUUCAGGCUCAGCAUUGAUGUGCACAAGCAAACAUUUCCCCAGGGUGGCUGUACCAUGAGCCUUUGCUCUCCUUUCAACCCUCAGUCUAGCAGUACAUCUAGCUUUAAUAAAGCAAAGAUGGAAGAGGUUACUAAAUGGUAGCUAAUAAACAAAGUGACAUGCAUGAA